AUGGAGGAAGAAGUUGCUGCCCUCGUCAUCGACAAUGGCUCCGGCAUGUGCAAGGCCGGUUUCGCCGGUGAUGAUGCGCCCCGCGCUGUUUUCCCGUCCAUUGUCGGUCGUCCCCGUCACCAUGGUAUCAUGAUCGGUAUGGGGCAGAAGGACUCGUAUGUCGGUGAUGAGGCGCAGUCCAAGCGUGGUAUCCUCACGCUGCGCUACCCCAUUGAGCACGGUGUCGUCACCAACUGGGAUGACAUGGAGAAGAUCUGGCAUCACACUUUCUACAACGAGCUCCGUGUUGCCCCUGAGGAGCACCCUGUGCUCCUGACCGAGGCGCCCAUCAACCCCAAGAGCAACCGCGAGAAGAUGACGCAGAUCGUCUUCGAAACCUUCAACGCCCCCGCCUUCUACGUGUCCAUUCAGGCCGUUCUCUCGCUGUACGCCUCCGGUCGUACCACUGGUAUUGUGCUGGAUUCUGGUGAUGGUGUCACCCACGUGGUUCCCAUCUACGAGGGUUUCUCGCUUCCCCACGCCAUUGCCCGUGUCGAUAUGGCCGGUCGUGACCUGACGGAUUACCUGAUGAAGAUCUUGGCUGAGCGCGGUUACACUUUCUCGACCACGGCCGAGCGUGAAAUCGUCCGUGACAUCAAGGAGAAGCUCUGCUACGUCGCCCUUGACUUUGAGCAGGAGAUCCAGACGGCGGCGCAGAGCUCCAGCUUGGAGAAGUCCUACGAGCUUCCUGACGGCCAGGUUAUCACCAUUGGCAACGAGCGUUUCCGCGCCCCAGAGGCUCUUUUCCAGCCCUCUGUCCUGGGUCUGGAGAGCGGUGGCAUUCACGUCACCACCUUCAACUCGAUCAUGAAGUGCGACGUCGACGUCAGGAAGGAUCUCUAUGGCAACAUCGUCAUGUCUGGUGGUACCACCAUGUACCCUGGUCUGUCGGACCGGAUGCAGAAGGAGAUCACUUCUCUUGCUCCUUCUUCGAUGAAGGUCAAGAUCAUCGCUCCUCCCGAGCGCAAGUACUCCGUCUGGAUCGGUGGUUCUAUUCUCGCGUCGCUGUCGACCUUCCAGCAAAUGUGGAUCUCGAAGCAGGAGUACGACGAGAGCGGCCCCUCGAUUGUGCACCGCAAGUGCUUCUAA